CAGACACCGUUACCAGACUUUUGCAGGCUAUACAGCUGCCAUCGGCAAUUGCAGUUGUUAAAACGAAGGGGCACAGCACGGCUGACACAGACGAAGCAGUGGGAAAUGCUCUUGCAGACGUAACCGCGAAAGCAGCUGCUGCCUCACAGCAACCACCCAGAAGGGAAGUAUUAUCUUUGCCUUUACAGCUGCCACUUGUCACGCUCCCAGACUAUUUAGAAACAAAUGUUGACCUAAAAUUCAUGCAAGAGCAAGCCUCUGCCUUAGAUUACACUUACUGGGAAAGUAAUGAUUGUACCUUAGAUAACAGAGACGGCUUAUACAAAAACCUUGAGGGUUUGAUUGCCCUCCCAUCUUCACUACUGCCAAUCCUUGUCCGCCAUUUUCACGGUGUGAGUCAUGUCGGACAAAGAGGGGUAAUAGGAGCAAUAAAAUCAAGAUUUGUAAUCAAGAAAACAUCACACGCAGUAAAACGCAUAUUAGCAACCUGUCUAACAUGUGCACGAACUAAUGUAGGAAAACCAAAAGCAAAACAUCAGCAUUUACCACAACCAGAUUUCCCAUUUCAUACAUUACAAAUUGAUUUUACACACAUGCCAGCACAAGGAAGCAUCAAGUACUUACUGGUAAUAGUGGACCAAUUUAGUAAAUGGGUAGAAGCUUACCCAACAUCAAAAGAAACUGCAGAAGUAGUCUGUCAAAAGUUGUGCAAUGAAAUAAUACCCAGAUUUGGAAUACCUCACCAAAUUAACAGUGAUAGAGGACCUUCAUUCACAUCAGAAGUAAUUCAAAAGUGUGCUAAAACUCUAGCAAUAGACUGGAAAUAUCAUGUGCCAUACCAUCCUCAGAGUUCAGGAGUUGUAGAAAGAAUGAAUAGGACCAUAAAAAAUCGCCUGACUAAAGCAAUGAUAGAAACAGGAAUGACCUGGAUCAAACUACUUCCUCAAAUCCUCUGCGAGAUUAGAAUGACUCCAUCCGCAGCAACCAAAUUAUCUCCAUUUGAAAUAAUCAUGGGAAGACCGUUUCCAACACCAUGGUCAGCCUCCAGAGGGGCACCGCUAUUGGAAGGGGACAUAGACACUGCAUUGUCUGACUAUGUUCAUAACCUGGUAGAAACACUGAAUAAUAACUAUCAGAAAGUUUGUCUCUCUCAGCCUCUCCCUUCCAUAGAUCCAACCCAUCCGUGGAAACCAGGAGAUGCGGUGUUGGUACAGUCGCUAAAACCAAGGGCACUCGGGGAGGCCGCGUGUUCCAGCCCCCAGACUGUACUUGCAGUGACGAGAACCAGCAUCCUAACAGACGGACAACCUCAGUGGAUUCAUGCCAGCAGGGUUAAGACCAGCCCCACCAAACCACCUAAGGCGUCGGAUCAAGUAGAUGACGACUCAGGCGAGCCAGCGCCCGGAUUCAAUACACCUAUAGAUGACGACUCAGGCGAGCCAGCGCCCGGAUCCAAUCCACCUACACACACACAAUCACUGAUUAACACACAACGCCUGAAAGAGCCAAGACUCAGAAAGCCCUCUGAUCCCCGCCUGAACAACAACAAGGUACUCGAACAUCCAGCAGGAACAGAAAGCCUAGAGUACCACACAAUGUCUAACCUGAUAAAGAUAGACUGUUUCAUCCUGAUAAUGGAGAAAAUGAAAUGCCCAUUGUCAUCACACGACGCUUAUACGGUGUCUCUCGAACUUGGGACCAGGCCAGGAGACGACUAA